GUGCAACAUGUUGCUGAAUCGUUUUCUGCAGAAACUAGCGGACUUGAUGGAGACAUUUUCAUUUUUGUGCUUGAAUCAUGGCAUCUCAUGGGGCUCGCCGCUUGCUUGAAGAAGUUUAAAGAAUAGUUGAGCGGUUAAGUAGAGAAAUGGCAAUAACAGAGAGGGGGGAAAUAAGUGACCCACUGGCAACAUCACAAUGCGUUCCAUGUGGGGUACUGUCCAUGAGGAAGCUUUGGAUAGGAUUUUAGAAAGCAUAUUGAAGAGGAAAAAAAAAAGAGGAGGAUGGGCGGCCUAUAACUGCCAGCUAAUCGGCGUAUUUCCCAUUUUCAACAUCUGCAUUCACAUUCCUACACUAUCACUUGUAGUUUCAAAUUUCAUAUAAUAUAUUUUCUUCCUCCACUUUCUUGAUUCCCAAACAAAAAACAAUCAAAGCUUUCAUGCCUAGCACCCACCCACAAAUGGGCCACACUCUCAGUCCGUACCAUGGCCCGGACAGUAGGUGUACCCUUUACACAUAAGCCGCCCCUUCCCCACACCCACAAUCACUUGCAUAAAUUCUCACCACCAGCCCUUCACAAACUGCCCCAACAUCACCAUCAUUUUCUUCACAACCCAAUUCCCUCCUCCUCCUCCCACCGCCACCACCUCCGCUCUGGUGUCUCAUGAGACAAGAAAGAGGAUCCACAACAGCUAGUUUCAGUGAUGGAGAGCCCAGAUUUUUCGCCACCCCACUCCGACCCCUCCAGGCCGUCCUUAGGCUUCCCUCUCGGCACCGCUCUUCUUCUGAUCAUCAUAUUCAGCUUGAGCGGAAUCUUCUCCUGCUGCUACCAUUGGGACAAACUCCGAUCCCUCCGCCGAUCCUUCUCCGAUGACAGGGACCCUGAAGCAGAUGUCCGAGAAUCUCCCUCAAAAACCAAACCCGAAUAUACGGGUUUAAAGCAGAACCUGAGCCAAAGCAUGCCAGUACUAAUGCCUGGAGAUCAGAUUCCAAAGUUCAUAGCAUUGCCAUGUCCCUGCGAGCCUCCAAGAGCCGAGAAGAUCGUUGUACAGGUGCAGAAGCCACCCUCUAAGCCACCUCGUUUUCCAGUUCCUUUGUAUUAGCAAAGUUACCAUUUCAUGUAUAUUAUCAAAAAUCAAAUUAAAUUUUCCUCUAAAUUAUGUGUAAAAAAAAACUAGAUUUAAUGCCAUCACACCAUUUGAUGAGGUCUGUUUGUAAAUGAUUUCCAUUUAUUUAAGGAUAUAUUUUACUGAA